AUGUAUAUGUCAGAUGCGUUAACAUUGCACAAACGACCAUCAUUCUUUGUUGGCAGUCGUUAUGGCAGAUCCGGUUCAUCUUCAUCAUCUGGUUCAGCAUUGUUUGCCACCUCAAAGACACGUCGCUUAAAUGUUGUACCACGUAACGAUAGAUUUUUCUUGAGUUCACGUUACGGCAAAAGAGCGGAAAUCUCAACCGGUACACAAUUGAGCAAUAAGCCCAUACCAGAGCAGCAACAACAACAACAGCAACAGUUCGAUGAUGUUUUACAACAACAAUCGUCCUCUCUACCACCCUACGCCUAUAUGUCAUGCAUUUAUACCGGAUUACAAAAUUAUUACCGUUGUAACAGCAUGUAAGU